GUGCCGUGGCCAGCACAGAGGUGAAGAUGAAGUUGCAAGAAUUCGUGCUCAAUAAGAAGAAGGCGCUGGCCCACAGGAACCUGAACCACUGCAUUUCCAGUGACCCCCGCUACUGGUACGGGAAAACGCAGCACAGCUCCCUGGACCAGAGUUCACCGCCCCAGAGCGGGACGUCCGCCUCCUACGCCCACCCGGUGCUGGGGAUGUACGACACCAAAGACGACUUCCCGCUCAGGAAGACAGCUUCUGAACCCAACUUGAAACUGCGGUCCCGGCUCAAGCAGAAAGUGGCCGAGAGGCGGAGCAGCCCCCUGCUGCGCAGGAAGGAUGGGCCAGUGGUCACCGCUCUCAAAAAGCGUCCGUUGGAUGUCACAGACUCUGCGUGCAGCAGCGCCCCGGGCUCCGGGCCCAGCUCGCCCAACAACAACAGCUCUGGGAACGUCAGCACGGAGAACGGCGGCGUGCCGGCCGCACCCAGCAUCCCCACUGAGGCCAGCUUGGCGCCCAGGCUUGUGACGAGAGAAGGCUCUGUGGCCCCGCUCCCUCUCUACACGUCGCCAUCCCUGCCCAACAUCACCUUAGGACUUCCGGCCACCGGCCCGUCUGCUGUAAGUGCUCCCCGCAGGGCCGCGUGCGGGGCUGGCCGGCCCGGCCCGCAGCUGCAGCUUCCCGCUCUGCCUUGCAGGGCAGCGGCCCAGCAGGACACCGAAGGCUGGCGCUCCCCGCCCUGCAGCAGCGAUCUCCCUUCCCUGGCAGCCACCUCGCCCCCUACCUAG